AAAAGAAAAAGGAAAAAAAAGACAAAGUACACUUAAAAAAUAUGAAAACUCUAUAAAUACUUUAUAUAGUCAUUAUGAUCCCUUCUCAUUUUCCCAUCUCUCUAUUUCUCUAUAUAUAGUGGACCGACCUCCCCUUGACCAAUCACCAUUUGUCCCCCUUUUUAUUAAAUUAUAAAUUACCAAAAAAAUAAAAUGUGUUUUGAGAAACAAACAGUAGUAGUAGAGCAAAAAAUGGAGCCAACAACAACUAUAGAAAAAGAAGCUUCUUCAUCUUCUUCAAGAUUCAAAAGUGUUUGUGUUUUCUGUGGUAGUAGCACUGGUAAGCGAGAUUCUUACCGCGAAGCUGCCAUUGAACUUGGCCAACAACUGGUUGAAAAAAGAUUGAAUCUUGUUUAUGGUGGUGGGAGUAUUGGGUUGAUGGGUUUGGUUUCUCAAACUGUUCAUCAAGGUGGUGGUCAUGUUAUUGGAAUUAUACCCAAGACUUUGAUGGGGAAAGAGCUUACUGGAGAAACAGUUGGAGAAUUGAGACCAGUUGCAAAUAUGCACCAAAGAAAAGCUGAAAUGGCCCGCCACUCUGAUUGUUUUAUUGCUCUUCCAGGUGGGUAUGGAACAUUGGAAGAAUUGCUUGAAGUUAUAACAUGGGCACAGCUUGGAAUUCAUGACAAACCUGUGGGAUUGCUGAAUGUUGAUGGGUAUUACAAUUCAUUGCUCACUUUCAUUGACAAAGCAGUUGAUGAUGGUUUCAUUCAUCCUUCACAACGCCACAUAUUUGUUUCUGCCCCUACUGCUAAAGAACUUGUUCAGAAACUUGAGGAAUAUGAGCCAGUGAAUGGAGUUAUAGCAAAGGCAAUGUGGGAGGUAGAGCAACAACAACAACCUCAAGUGGGAUUCAACACCACUCCUUUGCAAACUGAAGUGGCUAUGUAAAGAUCAUGCAUCAACAAACAAUGAAAGUCCAUCUUUUUUUAUUUAAAAAAAAGAAAAAAGAAAAUGUAUUAAAUUUUUUGCUGCUGAUUUGGAGGGAAGAAAAAUAGCUAAAUGGUGGAAAGAUGAAGAAUCUUCCUUUUGGGGCCCUCUAACUAAAACUAUAUAAUAGUAUAAGGAAGGUAAAAAAAAAAAAAAAAAAAAAACUCAAAAUCAUAUUAAUAGUAACUGACCAUAUGAAAAGUUGCAUCAAGUGUAAAAGGUCAUGGAAUGUUGCAAGUGUUUUUUUGCAAGAACUUUUGAAUCUUCUUUUUGAACCCACCCCUAUCUAACGUUGCUAGCUACCUCCAAAGGAAAAAAAAAAAAUACUACUAAUGUCAUUAUAUAUUAUUGUAGGUGGUCUUGGUUGUAUGUAAUCAUCUAACUUUUUAUUAUCCAUGAAUUGUAUGUAUGAAAUGAAUAUAAUGAAAGUACUAUUAUAUUACUA